AUGAAGACUGAAAGCAUCCAAGAGUUUCAAAAUCGAAGAGACCGCCUGAAUUUUGAGCAAAUAACCAAAAAUGAACAUUCGUUAGUUAACAAACACCAAUUGGGAAAAAAGGCGGGAAAAUGGGACCGUGAAUCAAUUGUUGGGAACAUUGGGUUCGAUAUGUUCUCCACUUAUCACGUCGACGGGUUCAACGUCAAAAGGAAGUUUGUGAUAGUCAAAAAUUCUGGACCAGAAGUUGAUUCCUACAAUUUUUGGAGCUUCAUAUGGGAAAAGUGUUACAAAGUGAUCGUUAGAUUGGACGCGACAUCAAAGACGCAUAAUUGGCUGAACAAUUCUCAAGAUAACGCAUAUGCCGUUGGUGAAUUCCUUAUUAGGAAGAAAACGGCAAGUAUCUCUUGCAAGUAUUACACACAAUUGCAAAUUACGAUAAAGAAUAUAAUGGAAAAAAAAUCAAGGACAAUAACGCACUUGCAGUAUCACUUUCUGGAUGAAUUUCCUUCAAGCGGAUCUGCGCAGCUGAUAUCCUUCUUGGAGAUGGUGAACGGAAAUCGUGGAGCGAAUAGCAAGAAAAGUGCCUCUGGCCCUAUUGUGGUCCAUAGUAUAGGCUGUUUUGAAAGGGCAGUGUCUAUCUGUGUGCUGAACAUUUGUUUGGACCAGUUGAUAGAGACUAAGGAAGUUUCAGUGCUUAACGCUGUUUUAAGUGUCAAAAGUCAAGUAUCCCUUCAGUUUUUUAGUUUGGAAGAGUAUAAGUUUAUUAAUAAGGUCUUACUGGGUAGCUUAAAAGUGUUGCGAAAAAGGCUAGAUCUUUAG